ACUUGCAUUUCUCUAUUUGCAAGCCCGGAGCCUCCCUCGUUCCAGGGAGAAGAAACACAGGCAUUUUAUAUCGAGUCAGAGACCCAGAGAUGAAGGGCACCCUCACACUGGCUUGGUUCUUGGCUUGUACUGUGCCUGCCGUGCCAGGGGGUCUGCUUGACCUGAAGUCCAUGAUCGAGAAAGUGACAGGAAAGAACGCUCUGAAGGCCUAUGGCUUUUAUGGCUGCUACUGCGGUUGGGGUGGCCGAGGGACCCCUAAGGAUGGCACCGAUCGGUGUUGUUGGGUACACGAUCAGUGCUACGGGUGGCUGGAGGAGGAAGGCUGUAGCAUCCGGACACAGUCGUACAGAUACAGAUUCGCAUGGGGCUUUGUCACCUGUGAGCGAGGGGCCUUCUGUCCAGUGCAGCUCUGCACCUGCGACCGGGACUUUGUCUACUGCCUGAAGAGGAAUCUGUGGAGCUACAACCCUUAUUACCAGUAUUUCCCCAACAUUUUCUGCGCCUAGUGGCCCUGAGGGAGCUUGUCCUGAUCUGCUUCUCUUACCAUAAGAUAUUUCUGCCUGCAGAUUCCUGACAGCCACCUCCAGGACUGGGCCUUAAAUCUUCCCCUCAGCUCUGCUCAGCUGGGAGGAGCCCGAGGGCCACAUUUCCCACUCCAGAAAGGUGUCUCUAGUCCAGGAGGUAGCCAGUCCAGGGUCACUGGAUGUCCCCCUGCGAGGUCAGCCUUGUGGAUUGAGGAAGGGAGUUCUCCACAGCUCUGAGUGCGAUAGAAUGUUUAUUUUCAUCAACACAUUUAUCCCUCCAGGGAAUUUUCCUUCUCAUAAAAGCAAAAUUGACUCCAUAGAUCUGCUUUGUUGAUAAUGAA